AUGUUACCACAGCAAAAGACCACGCCAAUGAUCAUAUCAAUAACAGUAUUGUCUAUACUAGCUUAUAAUACGCCACUAAUGGUAACAGCUAAAUUAAUAUCAAGACGAGCACUAGUGUACAGAUACAGAGUUUCAUUCGACGAAGUAGCAGGACACAUGUUGGAAAUGGACACGUUCCGUAGAGACUUGCGGAUGUCAUUUGGCCAGUUCUUACUGCUAAAGCAAGCUAUCAACCCAAUAUAUCAAAGAGAUAAGUAUAUGGCAAAUCUAAGAAACGGGUGUAUAGAAGUGAACGUACUACUCUGUGAUUCUUAUCAGGCGGACAGGUCACCGAUUUAA